AUGGCGCACGCUGAGAGAGGUGCGAAUAGAUUUACCGUCAACGAACUAAGAGAAAUACUGCGAGAGAAGGGCUUGACGAUAACUGGCGCGAAGCACGAGUUGAUUGCCAGACUUUUUGAAGAAGAUCCAGCGGGCAGUUGGAUGUUGCGAGUGACGAAUGAGGAGGAGCAGGACGGGGUGAGAGAGACGAUAGAGACGAGAGGGACGAAGGAGAGCGGUGAAGUGGACGAAUCGAGCAUACAUGAUACUGAGGUUGAGUAUCUGCGACGGUCAAUGGAACUUUGUGAAAGAGAAAAACGAUUGAUGGAGCGCGAGCUGCGAUUGAUGCGACAAGAAAACGAUUUGUUGAGACGCACCCAAAAUGUGAAUACUGAUGGAGGAGAAUUGAGAAAUGAGGUGGCUGCAGGGAGUCCGACGAUCUCUCACGAAGCAGGCGUAACCAACAUAAACGCAAUUGCAAGCCUGUUGGGAUAUUUUGAGGGCGACAGCAGCGCAUUCGAAUCCUGGAAGAAGCGUGUCGAAUCAUUGAGAGGCGCUUACAACUUGACCGACGACCUGACGAGAAUCCUGAUCGGAGCACGCCUGAAGGGCAAAGCACAAGAAUGGUUGCAUUCUAGCCCAACGUAUACCGAGAUUACCGUCGACGAGCUGUUAAACGAGUUAAAAAAUAUGUUUUUCCAUGAGCCGGGAAGAGUGCAUGUGAGAAAGCAGUUUGAGCAGCGUAUUUGGCGAAGAGAGGAGACAUUCAAUGAGUACCUACAUCAGAAGGUGAUUCUUGGAAAUCGAAUUAAAAUUGAGGAAAGCGAGAUGGUCGAAUAUGUCAUCGAAGGGAUUCCGGAUCCAGUCUUACGAGACCAAGCACGAGUACAGCGGCUGCGUACUAGAAGGUCGCUAAUUGAGGCGUUCGAGAGGGUAUCGCUGCGAGGGAAAGAGCAGUCGGGAGCGCGAAGGAAUGAGAGGGAACGGCGUGUCCAGGGACGUGCCGAGCGAGAAGAGUCAGGGGCGACAAGGAAUGCGAUGCGAUGCCAUAAUUGCGGAGCGCAGGGACAUCGUGCAGCGAAUUGUCCGUCAAAAGCGAAAGGCACACAGAAUUUUAAAACUAAAGGACGUUUUGAUACCGAAGUAGAAAUUGACGAUGAACGUUUUUUAACCAGUCUAUCGGUAGUACCGAAUGAAUUGCUGCAGUAUGACUUACUCAUAGGGACUGAUUUAUUAGACCGAAUUAAUUUGUAUGUCGAAGAAGGAAAAAUUACGAUGCGAAAACCUCGCGCAGAGAUUCGAGCGGCAGAAAAGUUACCGGAAAUAUUUAAAAUCGAAUUACAGAGCGAGUCUAGCGAUACCGAUUUAUCACAUUUGACGAGCGAGAAUGAAAAUAAAGUAAGCGACAUGAUCAAUAAAUAUAAUCCUACCAGAAAAUGCGAGACGGAAUAUAAAAUGACUAUUAUACUUCGUGAUGACGAACCGGUUUAUCAGAGGCCUAGACGUUUAUCUCCGUCGGAAAAAGAAAAGGUUACCGCACACAUAAACGAAUGGUUAGACAAGGGUAUAAUUCAACCCUCACUUUCAGAAUACGCGAGUCCGGUAGUUCUAGUUAAAAAGGGGACGGGAGAGACUAGGUUGUGUGUCGAUUAUCGACAACUAAAUAAGAAAAUAAUAAAGGAUCGUUACCCACUUCCAUUAAUUGACGAUCAAUUAGAUGCAUUGCAAGGGGCGUCAAUAUUUAGUACGAUCGACUUAAAAAACGGAUUUUUUCAUGUGCCGAUGGAAAAGGAGAGUAGAAAGUAUACCUCCUUCGUAGUGCCAGACGGACAAUACGAGUUUCUCUACGCGCCUUUCGGUUUGUGCAAUUCUCCGGCAGUAUUUCAGAGAUUCAUAAACCAGACCUUUCGAGAGCUAAUCAGGGGCGGCGUGGUUUUGACAUAUGUGGAUGAUCUGAUUAUUCCAUCUACGGAUUUUGAAGCCGCGUUGUCAGGUCUUGAGAAAGUGUUGGGCGUUGCCGAGAGAUUCGGAUUAAAUAUCAAUUGGAAAAAAUGUAAAUUUUUACAGACUAGAGUCGAAUUUUGGGUGUAA